AUUUUAUAUGAUAAAGUUAGCAAACCUUUCUAGAAGUUUAAAAAAUAUGCAGAGAUAUUUUGAUAUAGGAUUUAACGCAACAGAUCCAGUCUUUAGAGGAAUAUAUAGGGAGAAAAAAGUCCAUCCAAAUGAUUUUAAUGAAAUAUUAUUGCGUGCAAAAGAAGUAGGAUGUUGUGAAAUGAUGAUAACAGGAGGAUGUUUAAAAGAUUCUAAAGAAGCAUUUGAAUUGGCCCAAGAAUAUUGUAAUUUUACAUCUACAGUAGGAUGUCAUCCAACUCGUGUGACAGAAUUUGAAAAAUAUCCAGAAGGACCAGAAGAAUAUUUAAAAGAAAUAUAUAAACUUGCACUUUUUGGAAAAAAAGUAGGAAAAGUAGUAUCAUUCGGAGAGAUUGGCCUUGAUUAUGAUAGACUUGGAUAUGCAUCUAAAGAAUUGCAAACUAAAUACUUUGAAAAACAAUUAUCUAUUGCACCGAAACUUGAUCUUCCUCUUUUUCUACAUAGCCGUGCAGCAGCGGAUGACUUUAUAGCUAUUCUUUCACCAUAUCUUCCUCAAUUGCCUCGAAAAGGCUGUGUUCAUAGCUUUACAGGUACACUUGAAGAAAUGCAACAUUAUAUAUCAUUGGGUUUAUCCAUUGGUGUAAAUGGUUGUAGCCUAAAGACAGAAGAAAACCUAAAAGUUGUGAAAGAAAUACCAUUGGAAUAUUUAAUGCUUGAAACAGAUGCACCUUGGUGUAGUAUUUCUCCUACACAUGCUUCAUAUCCAUAUAUUAAAGAUACGUCUUAUGUAUUUUGUGCAGAAAAAAAAGACAAAUUCAUUUCAGGAAAAAUGGUCAGAGGACGAAAUGAACCAUGCACCAUUAUUCAAGUAGCAUGUGUUGUCUCUCAUUUGAAAGGUUUAAGCAUAGAAAAAGUAUCAGAAGCAGCAUAUUUAAAUUCAAUUAAAAUGUUUGGAAAUCAGUCCAUCUAAAUCUAACCAUAUAAACUUUUUUUUAAAAAAAACAAUGAAUAAUAU